CACACACUCACACACAAAACAAAAACAAAAACUAAAAAAAACACAAAUCACAAAACCCAGCUACAAAGCAAACAAACAACUCAAAAUUUUAAUUCCUUUCUUCACCCCUUCCCUUCUUUCACAACUACUUCAACGCUAAGGAACACAGACAUAAGCACAAACACAUUAUUCGUUUUGGUUCUGUUCUGUGUCUGCGUCGUGAUUUAGUGGCUGCAACUAAACCACACCAAACAUGAUCGACCCCAUUUCAUGUCUCAUCUUCCAACACCCAAAUUCCACUUAAAGUUCAACUCUUUUUGGUUGUUUCCAAAUUGGGCAACUCACAACACAACAAUUAACAAGCUCAUCUAUCUGAAAAGGGUUGAUUAGAUCUCAAAUUCUCAGAUUCUGAAAUUCCAAUGGCAUGUCCUGUAAAUUCCAUCACUUACAACGGGUCCCUUUGUGCCUGUGCACCCGGCUAUGUCAUGGACCGCGUGGCCAACACGUGCACCCUCUUUGCGGCGAACUCCGCCAUCACCGCCGUCUCCGGCGUCGACUACUACACACUCAGCUUACCGGCGACCUUCUUUGCUUUUGACUCCAUCAAGAAAUUCACUCAGUCACAGGCUGUAUUCUUGGAGGCUACAUUCGUUAUGCUUCUCUCUUGGCUUCUCUUAUGCUUAUUCCUCAGGUUUAUGAGCCUUGGAGAUGGACGCAAUGUGUGGUUUGAAAUCAGGUGGUGGAUCAGUCGAUUGGAUAUUUGCUUUGCCACAAGGCAUUGGCUGGAUGAUCAGAAAGUAGUUACCAAACGCAAAACCGAACUUGGUGGAACUUUCUCCAUAGCAAGUUGGAUACUGUUUAUUGGUUUAUUUGCUGCGUUGCUGUACCAGACCAUAUCGAAGAGAUCAAUUGAGGUGCAUAAUGUAAGAGCAACAAAUGGACCAGAACUAAAUUCAUUUGUCAAUGACAUGGAGUUCAAUAUAACAACUGUAUCUAGUAUGAGCUGUGCAAAUCUACGUGAUUUGGGUAAUUUAGUUGCUGGGAAUCCUGGCUUUAUUGACCAAAGAGUUGUUUCUCUGUCGACUUUUGCAAACUACUCUUGCCACAACUCAAGCAAGGGACCAACCAUAACACUCAAGUGUAAAAACUGCAAGUUCAUCAAUGAUAAUAUGUACAUUUCUUGGCACUUUGUUGAUCUUCCCAAUAAUCCUGCCACUGCUGUUGGUUUUGAGUUCAACCUCUCUGCAACGGAUAAUGCUAAGAAGCACAUGAGUUUUGUUAGUGGAACACUAAAGAAUGGAAGCGCUUUUGAUGAUAGACCGGUUACAUUCAGAGGGAGGCAAUCAGAUAUUUUGAAAUUUAAUUUGUUUCCUCGAAUAUACCGUAACUUACAUGAUCUAAAGCUCAUACAGCCUUUAUUUCACGAGUUCCUCCCAGGUUCAGUUUCUCAUGAUACAAAUCAACUUCAAGCAUCCCUUGAAAAUUCUAUUGAUGGUCUAGUCAACACCACAUUGUAUAUCAAUUUUCUCUCUGAUUAUGUUGUGGAAAUUGACAAAGAGAGUAUUAUGGGUCCUGUGACCUUCCUUGCAGACCUUGGUGGCCUGUAUUGCAUUUGCUUAGGCAUCUUUUUCUACUUGUUGAUACAGUGUGAGUAUCGGAUAAAGAAGUUCAGAAAUGAAGAUAGCGUUAUGCGGACAAUUAGAAAUCGGCGUAAAGCUCAAGAUCAUUGGGACAAAUUGAGGAAAUAUGUAAUGUACACCUACGGCUGCCGUACAAUAGAUGACAACUACAAUAACUCUAAAAAGGAACCUGGUUGUGGUGGGCUUAUGCUCCAUUCAGUUCAUGGUAGUAGGUCAUCACGUAAGCGAAGUAUGCAACGCAGAACUGGUUCUAUAAAUUUGUACAAGAAACCCAGCUUACCUGCCAACGAGACAUUGAGCUGCAAACCGCUUGGAUCCGCAAAUGAUUCGAAUCUGCAUUCUGAAAAUAUGGCAAAGCAGCAGAAUGUCGGUUCAGGCAAAGAUUUUCCUCAGUCCCAACCUCAAGAAUCUUCUAUUAUUGAUGAUAACUUCAUUCCUCCUCCACCUUCACUAGAAUGUAAGGGUGGUUCUGAAAUGGACAUGUCCGAUAUUCAGAAGAAUCUCAAAAAUUUGUACGAGUAUAAUGCCAUGCUAAGGGAAAAAUUACUAGCUGCGCAGUCUCUGCUCCAAUCUUCCUCAUCUAGGCACUCUUCUCAAGUAAAAAGUGAUGAAACUUAGCAUAUGUAUCUUUGCAAAUGGGAGUCCUUAUCGGUGCACGUUACUCAGAUUGUUUCAUGGUUUUUACAAGCAUGGAUGUAGUUCUACGAUGGAAGUUGAUUCUUGAUUGAAAACUGAUCAAUGGGGACUAAUGAAUAUAAAAUCUUGCAAAUGGGAAAUCUGCUACAUGAACCUCUACAAACCAUAGCACUCAUGGCCAUAUAUUCAUACAUUCAAAGCUGCUGAGUGUGGACAAAGAAUGCUGAUCCACAUUUGUGUGAGAGGGAUUUUGGUUUCGUCUGGUAUUCUUUCAUGUUAUUGUGAAAGUGAUUUUCCAUGUCCACAUACUUUCCACGAAACCUUGUAUAGUCAGUGGUUUUUUUCUCUCUUUGUGCACAAGAGAAUGGCAUUGAAUUUGUUCUUGCAGGCUUUAUUAUUAUGAGACAAGAGUUCUUCAGAAUGUAACAUGGUUUUCACUUUCUAUUCUUUAUUUAUAGAUUUUGUAUGUUAUGAUACGUGUUCUCAAAUUUUUGUUUAAGAGAUAAU